GCUCUGGUGCUGCUGUCGCAGGAGUACGCAAAGAGGCAAAAAAAGGUGGUAUCACCAGCGUGGUAUAGACUGCAAGACACCGAUAUGAAUCCAUGAAGUACUGGCAAGGCAGCAGCCUAUGAACCCAUGGAACCUUGACAUAGACCUUCGGCGACAUGUAUCUUGGCCUCUGCAUAUCUUUUACAACCGGAUGAGCUGUCCGCCGAUCAAUGGCGCUGACACGGAUGUUUUCUCGGUUUCUCGCCUGAGAUUGCAUGGGAGAGUUCAGGUUGUUGGAGUGAGUAAAGCAUUCCGUUGCAGCAAGCUGAAAAGGCUACUGGUCAUUCCAUGAGGUCAGAUAUCGCCCAUUCGCAUAGAGACCCACGACGGUGGUUUGUCUGAUGCAGAUGGGGGAACGGGUUUAGGUCUCAAGUUUUGGGACUGGUCCGAGUCAGAGGCGGAAGGAUUAUGUCUAGGUUUAUGUCGAGUGGUCAAUGAACGAUUAUGGGAAUGAGUGUAUUGAUGCU